UAGAAUUCCUCGGAGGGGUCUAGAAAGAGUAGAAAGCCACUGAACAUUUUCCCGACACUGACUGGCCUAAAUUGGGCCUUCUCCAUGUCAGCUGGUUUCGGCUUGUCCAUCAACAUCCAUCAAGAGUAUCUAUGGAACCUAUGGUGAAAUUUUAUUCCGAGGGGUUCUUGAGGUCGCCAUAUGAUGCUUUCCGAUGAUAUGAUAGGUUCCAUUGCUUCCCACGUCCUUGCCGCAGCGAGCAUUGAGCUGUCAAGUACCCUCAGCGCUUCUGAAAGCCAUGAUUCGCUGCAGCGAUGUGAUGUGCGGGAGCGAGCAAGGCCAGUUCCGUGGCAACAGUGAGAGUGUUGGCUGGAAAGGCAGCUCUGGAACUAUCAAGAUGCACCCAGCUAGAAGCAUCCGCAGGGCUGAAUGGUUCGAGGGCAGCCUACGGUUGCUUUGUGAGCAAGAUGGAGCUACUGAGGUGUUUGCCUUAGACGGCUUCAAAGACAGUGACUUCGAGCCUUUGUGGAAGUACAUAGAGCAAGCCUGUGGGGUUUAUCUUAAGAAGCACCGCCCUCAAGCUGCCGUUGAAGAGGCAGACUUUGAUUCUGCCAUGGGUGGCAUUGAAGAUGCAGCAGAUCGGGUUGAUGAAGCAUCGAAGGGCUCUGUUCAGAAGAAGGCCAAGGAGGCCGACCUCAUGAAGAAGGUGGAGGUUCUCCGUGAUGGCUUGGAUCAGGCCGUGAGUGGUGACAAGCAGGCGUUGAGCCGAGUUUUCGCCGCGAAUGGCUGCGAGCGAAUUGGACGUUUGAGACUUGUGGUGGACACGGUGCAGCUUGAGAUCUACCACACUGACCCUCGGUGGAAGCAUUUGCUCAGCAAAUGUGCCACCAUUGAGGCGGUUCUCAAAGAGUUGGGCACCUUCCGUUUAUGGAGGCCGGUGGAAGGCCAUUCCUCAAGCUUGCUCAAGCGUGCCGCCAUCGUGCGGGAACUCCGACACCGGCACGGUGAAGAGGAGGUGAACACGACAGAUCCAACACAUCCAACACCUGUACCUCCACCGGAACUUCCACGCAAGAUGCCAGAAGUACCAAUUCUCCCGAAGGUUUCACAGCUGGAUGCAGACUUGCCAAGUCAGGACCAGGCUUCAGCUUCAGUACAGCCACAUCCGGAACCUGAGCCUGUUUCACAUGACAUUGUGAAGGAGGAUGUUCCCCCAAAGGCCAACGAGGCGAAAGAGGCAUGUAGAAGCUCACGAACCCCAUCUGAGUCCGCAGAUGAAGAAGCUGAAAGAUCGGAAAGGGUUAGACGCAUGCUCUACCUGUACCCCACCAGUGUCAUGGAGGGUUGGGUGUGGAAGAGGAGCCGCUUUUUGAAGAUGUGGCGGCGUAGGUGGAUGGUGCUUUUGCCUGGCCAGCUUGUCACCCUCAAGACUCGAGGACAGCAUGCCCCCACAGAGGUGAUCCCUGCCGGGAGCGUCUAUCGAGUCUACAACGCAGAGGCGGAGGUGCAGCAAGCCCGGUGCUUUUGCGUGGGGAUUCGGGAGAGGAACUACUACAUGGUAUGUGACAAUGAGAGCCAACAGCGUUCCUGGAUUGAAGCCAUUGAGCAGACACUUUGCAAAAAGAACAGAGCUUGAGCUGACUGGUAGCUGUGGGGGCUGGGCUGCUUGGGCUUAAGCAUGCACAGCAGAGGCCUGCGCCCAGGAGUUGAACUUGAUGACCCGUGUCACGUAAUUGGUGCAUUUGGCAUACUUUUGCGAUCUUUGCCACUACCCAUGCACGCCGGCGCAAAACUUGUUUGCGCCAAGUUUCCAUUACCAUGGGGGUUUUCUUUUUGCUGUUCAGGUUAGUUAGGUACCUCAUUUUGCCACCUGACCGUGAAAGACAGGUGAACGUUUCACUUCCAAAAACAGGUUCAUCACGCGGCCUGUGCGUUGGCGAGCAAUCAGAUUGUUGGCCAAAAA